CUGAGGUUUAGACCAGUUUGUCUGGCAUAGGAAAACACAAGAAUUGAAAAAUGAGUAGUUAAAUGUUUGUAGAUCCUUAGAGUUGGUUUACAUUUUUACAUUGCUCACUAAUGAUGCUCAGUGCUAUAGACAAAGACAUGAUAUCCAAGUUGUGCCCCCCAUAGUAAGAAUAUAUACUAGUGCAUUUUCAAUAAAUGUGUGAUUUAUUUAUAUCUGACUUACACAAGCAUUAUAAUAUAUUCUCUACAAAUUAUACUGCAUCCAGUUAAAUGAGUAUCUUUUUUUUCUCUCUCUAUAAUACAUCAACAGACAGGUGAUCACUGUUCGCCAAAGUGAGCACACCCACUCAAGCAGGGGAUACUGUGUAAGACACUUCUUCUAAGGAGUCAUUGUAUAGGACUUUGUCUCCAUAUGAUCAGUCUCAGAGCUAAAAGCAUAUAUCCAGGUCACGAAAUCCCUGAUUUAAAUCAGCACGGCAAUGUCCAUCCUCACCCAUGUUUUGGCUAGCCUGUUUGGCAUGGGCUCUUGGGUCACCAUUUGUGGACUUUGGGUGGAGCUGCCUCUAAUGGUUCCACAGAUACCUGAGGGCUGGUAUCUACCAUCCUACCUCUCAGUGAUCAUCCAAUUGGCCAACAUCAGUCCUCUGUUUGUCACAUUAAUGCAUCGCUUCCACCCAGGAACGCUCAGAGAGACUACUGUCAUCUAUUUCAUUGUGAGUUUCGGGAUACUAACCAGCUUCUUCCUGGCUUUUUUCUGGAGUGAGAGGGUUGUGGUACAAGGUGUGGAGCGUAGCGUUCCUCUCCUGCUUUUGACCUUCUUGAUCUCCAUUGUGGACUGCACCUCAUCUGUGACGUUCCUUCCCUUCAUGAUGCAGCUCAAGGCGGAGUAUCUCACCUCAUAUUACAUUGGAGAAGGUCUGAGUGGUCUUAUCCCUGCUUUGGUGGCAAUGGUUCAGGGUGUAGGUUUCAUGGAUUGUGUCAAUGCAUCUCAAAUCCUCAGAUCCAAUGAAACACUUGGAAUUCAGUAUCUUAAUGGGUCUGAAAGAGGCGCCAACAACCUUGUGCCUUACUACCACCCAGCCAACUUUUCAGUUGAGGCCUACUUUUUCUUCCUGACAGCCAUGAUGGUAGUUUGCUUGGUGGCUUUCUUACUUUUAAACUACCUUCCAGCUGUGACUCGAGAGCGCCCCAAUAGCCUGAACAACAAAGCCACUAAUAGAAAUGGAGAAUCUAAAAAGAGUUUUGAACUAAAACCAAUGAUUUCUUCUCAAAAGGGUCUUCAGAAGCCAAAGAGCAAAUUUGGAUCAGGGACAUACACCUGGCUACAAGUGGUGUACAUUUACAUAAUCCUUGCCUGGGUGAACGCUCUGACCAAUACUGUUUUGCCAUCAGUGCAGUCAUACUCAUGUCUACCAUAUGGAAACCAGGCCUAUCAUUGGUCUGCCACUAUGGCAAAUGUUGCUAAUCCUGUGGCUUGCUUUAUCGCCAUGUUUUACCCUUACAGGUCUUUGGUGCUGAUGGGAGUUCUCACAUCAGUUGGCUCUGUUAUUGGAGUUUACCUUAUGGGCAUGGCAGUGCUGAGCCCGUGUCCUCUGCUAGUUAAUGAGACCUCUGGAGCAGUCCUUAUUGCGUUUGCAUGGUUCUUUUUUAUCUUCACACUAUCCCUGGUAAAAGUGGUCAUUGCAGUCAUCUUACGUGAUGAAGGUCACAGUGCCCUCGUGUGGUGUGGAGCAAUAGUGCAGUUGGGUUCAAUGUUGGGGGCAGUGACUAUGUUUCCCUUGGUCAAUGUGUAUGGCUUUUUCUCUUCAGGGGACUCAUGUAACAGUAAUUGCCUAUGAUAUAUGUGUGCUAGAAGUAAUAUUACCCAAUAAUAUUACCCUUUAGACUCUAGCGGUAGUAUGUAAGGAAUAUCCCAGGUUCAAUACAAGUUAAGCUCAAUCAAAAGUAUUUGUGGCAUAAUGUUGAUUACCACAACAAAUGGGGUCAAUCCGUAAACAUAAAUAUACUUAUGGCUUCAGAAGUAUUGGAACAAGAUGUCAUUUUAGUGUGAUAAAAUUGCUUUACUAACCUAUUCCGUGUAAAGUUAUGUCCCAUUUUACAACUUCGUUGCCAUGAUGAUGUAACAUCAUAAACCCAAAACUACUGUAAAAUGUCGAUUUAACUUUACAGUUCAAAUAAUACAAUACAUUUUAACAGAAGAAUGAAUGUCAAUGCUUUUAUAAAAUUAUAAGUUUCACAUCUUUGCCUUUUUAAACCCUCCAAAAAUUGGCCCAAUUCUCUUUCAUUGUAAGUGCCUCACUGUAACCUUGAUUUUUCCUUUUUUAAAGAAAAUGAGGGACAAGUUGAAAUUAUUUUAAUCAACAUUAUGCUCUUGUACAUAUAAAUUUACCUUUAAAUGUUUUUUAAAAUUAUGAAAUGAAGAUGUCACUAUGAAUUGUGGAUCUUGUGUAACAUAUCGGGGUGUUGUUAUUAUUAUUUUGUCAUAUGGUAAUCUUCAAUUAAAUGCAAAGACUUUGUUUAUUGCACAUAUCCUGUAUUAUAUGUAUACACAUGUAUAUGUAACAUAAGUUUUAACAUUGUUUUAAUGCCAAUUCUUUUGUAAUCUAUGCAGAUCCCUUAUACUGUAUCAGUUAACAAUGUUAAUGGAAGUGUAUGAAUUACAUUUAUCACAAUCUAAUUAAAUGCAAAAAGUAAAGUAACAAAACAAUAAAUAUGGAGGAAUAAUAAAUUGCUUCAUGAAAUCCCUUUGAAAUAUUAAAGUAACCUAAUCAAUUAC